AUGGUUGGGGAUGGCAGCAUGGCCGCUCACGCGCUUUGGAGUCCCCGUGGCCUUCGACGUCCUCACAGCAAUUACAUGGCCCUCUUCGCCAGCCACUGUGCCAAGGGCCCUGCGAGCUGCUUCGAGGGAUGUGUACGACCGACCUCAAAGAGGGUGAGGCAUCGCGGCUGUUCGCAAGGGCCCUUGCGGGCGAUGCUUGAGUCGAAGCAGCACGAGAUCUCCGUACGAAUGAGCCACGAUCCUGGGCCGUCCGUUACUUGGCGGGGUCCCCUGAUCGUCGUUCGCGUCUGGCCACAUUUCGCACUUCGGGCCGGACUUGAAGAACGUUCCUCGACGUUGGCGCACACGGCCACCAGGCAUCCGGGAACGCGGAUGAUUGAGGUUGAGACAACGAUAACGUUCCGGCCAGCGUUUGAGCCCGAAAUGGUCAACACGUCCGUUCAGCCUAAUGCCUCCCCGAAGCACCGGUCUGCGACUCCGAGCCAGGGGCCAAUCAUAAUCCCUCCUCGAGCGGCACGGGACCGCACCAACGUCUAUGUGCUUGGCCGUUCAUUAGGUAGUUUUCCGGCCAUUUUCUCACCCUGCCGAGAUGACGAGAGCAUGGAGUUGCACAAACCACCCCUCCUCUGCCUCGAUCUUCAAGGAUGGUAG